AUGAAGCUGAAUGGUCAACCAAAGCCUGAUGUUCAACAUUUUAACCACCCCCAUCCAUUAAAACUAACCAAUCACCAAGCCCAGCAGCAGAACUUAAACCCGCAAGCCUUGUGUGCAUGCUGCAAACUCAAUGUUUCUGGAUGGAUUUACAGUUGCAAACCAUGCAACUACUUCCUGCACAUGUCAUGUUCAGAAAUGCCUCAGCAAAUCACUCAUCCAUUUGAUCGUAAAGACCAUGUGCUGUCUCUGCUCCCAACCCCAAAAUACCCAGAUGGGGCCUUCAACUGCGAUGCAUGCGUGAAGCAUGGAAAUGGGUUUGCCUACCAUUGUGGAGAUUGCAACAUCGACCUCCAUACGAGUUGUGCUUCAAUGCCAUUGCUUCUCACUCACCAAUCCCACCAUCACCAACUCGGUUCUAACCACACCUUUAUAUGCGAUAUAUGCAAGCGAGUGGGGUGCAAAGAGUGGCUCUACUUGUGCAGUCCCUGUGGUUUUACGGCGCACUUGGGCUGCGCCACAGCAACACUGAGAGCUCCUCCUCCUCCUCCUCCAGUUCAACAAACUGAAGCUGCUGCUGGAACUCAAUAUUUCCCAACAGCUAGCCCUCCUCAGUUCCGAAACUAUGUACCGAAUGUUAAUUACAAUGGCAUGCCUGGUGGUGUUUGGCCUGUGAAUAAUAAUAUACGCGGAAGUGGGCAGCUGGGAAAUGCUAUGAUGAUGAACCAAGCACUUCAAAGUCUUGCUGGAUUUGGACGAUUUGGCGGUUCCUCUAAUCAGGGUUUAGGCAAUAUUCAGGAGCAGCUGAUUCAACAAAUCCUCUCUGGUGGUGGACUUGGCGGUGGGUCUGGUGGUGGCAAUGAUUUCGGUGUUGGUUUUAGUACUGAUUAUUUUGGAAGCAGUAAUGGUAAUAUUGAUCCUUCGUCAUUCGGAUCCACUGACUUCUUCAGUGGCGCAGGAGGAUUAGGAGAUUUCACUGGUUUCAGCUCCUUUUGA